GUCGUGAAGUGAUAUUGCUGCUAUUUAUUGAUCAUAUUUGCUUUCGACUUAAACUUCCAAUGCUAUGGGAUCUAAAAGUGUGCUUUUAAGUUCUGAUAAGACAGUAUGGGAAUUAGCUCUUGAAGAAAGAAAUAGAGCUGAAGCAGAGGCAGCUAAACAAGCAUUAUCUGGAGAUCAAGAUAUGGCAUCACCACAUGGCAGUGAAUCAACUAUCUUUAUCACUGGUAGUAAAAAUUGUGGGAAAACGUCAAUGAUUCUAAGAUUUCUUGAUAGAGAUGAAGCUCCCAAACCAACCACAGCAUUGGGUUACACAUUUGGUAGAAAAGCUAGAGGUCACAACAUUGCCAAAGACAUUGGCCACAUAUGGGAACUUGGUGGUGGGGCAUUCUUAUCCAAGCUGGUUGAUAUCCCAAUCACUAUUGAAUCCAUAAGGUGAGAUAAGAAAAUAUUCUGUAUUAAUAAUAAUACUCUGCCAUCAUCAUUAUCAUCAUCACGGCAUUACUCCACGUUAAAUAUUCUUUUAAAUUUUAUGAAAUCAAGAGUCAAAAAAGUACUGGAUGAGUUAGCCAAGAAAGACCCAAGUGCUGUGGAUGAGAUGAAAAAGAAUGCAUGGAAGAGGUUCGGAAAAGAUCACCCAGACAAGUCAUUUGUGGAACCAUUUCCUGUCCCACUGGCAAUCAUUGGUGGAAAAUAUGAUAUUUAUCAGGACCUUGAUCCAGAAAAGCGUAAAAUGAUCAGUAAAGCAUURCGUUUUGUUGCCCACAGCAAUGGUGCACAUUUGCAGUUUUUCAGCACAAAAUCAGAAAACCUUACAGGAAGAGCCCGYGCUUUGAUUGGUCAUCUGUUAUUCCAUACAUCGCUUAGUAAAUCAGUUUCAUUGGAGCACAGCAAGCCRAUCAUUGUACCUGCAGGGCUUGAUACUCUCAAUCAAAUAGGUGCUCCACCUGUGUCAAGCGAAGACCUCGGAAAGCUACAGUCAAGAAGUCCAUAUGACUUGUGGAAAGCUUCGUACGCAACGUUCUUCCCACCGGAGAAUGUUCAUCGCAACCAAGGAGACGAUCCAUCAAAAGAUCCACAGUUUUACGAAUCAGCGGUUGAUGCCAUGAGAAAACAAAAAGACGAGGAACUAGAGAGAUAUCGUAAGAUGGCGGAAAGAAAGGCGCGCGAAGCCAAGAUGGCGCACACGGAUAGUGGKAAAUCAACUCGAGUUAGAUAGAUUAUACGACUUCGUUUACUUAUUUAUUGUAAUCAUUCGAUUUAUA